CUGGGUGCGAAGUGUCUGUUCUUGUUGAGAUAUUCAGAAUUUUGAGGGCUGCUGCCUGCUAGUGCUCUCAGACCAAACCCCUAACAGAACCUUCGGAAAUCAGCAAUGGACAUGAACGGGUCGCCGAUGGACAUGGAGAGUCUGGGCCAGUGCUUGAGCAGCUUCGUUGACGACGGAACCGUCGAGAGCCACCGCUACUACCUCUCUCGGAGGACGGUGCUGGAGAUGCUCAGGGACCGCGGCUAUGCCGUCCCCAUGGCUGAGAUUGAUAUUUCCCUCCAAGAUUUCCGCGACAAGUACGGCCAGAGACCCGACAUUGACCGCCUUAAGAUUACCGCUCUCCACAAGUACGAUCCUGACAAUAAGAUUCUGGCCAUAUUCUGUGGUCCAAGUGUGAUAAAAGUAAAUAUUAUCCGAGGUAUUUUAACUCAGAUAGUCAACAAGGAGACCUUGAAUCGGCUUAUACUGAUUGUGCAAAGCCAACUAACCAACCAAGCCAUGAAAGCUGUGGAACUCUUUUCAUGCAAAGUUGAAAUCUUCCAGGUCAAGGACUUGCUUGUCAACAUCACAAAGCAUGUCUUGAAGCCAAAGCAUCAAGUGCUGUCUGAUGAAGAGAAACAACAAUUGUUACAGAAAUACAGUUUGGAAGAGAAGCAGCUCCCUCGGAUGUCACAGAAGGAUGCAAUUGCCCGCUACUUUGGACUCGAGAAGGGCCAGGUUGUGAAGGUUACAUAUACUGGUGAGAUCAUUGAGACACAUGUUACAUAUCGAUGUGUUUGGUGAUGCUCUUAUGGUAUAACAUUAUCCAGUUGUCGGCUUCCUCUCUGCCAUGGUAGAAAUGAUUGGAACGUGUAAGAAUUUUCCAGUUCACCCUGCUCGCUCCUAUUACCACCGUGACCACCACCAAACAGGGUUAGCAACCCCCAACGGAAUGUACUUGUAUUCAAUGUCGUAUUAGUUUAGGAUCCCCCUGAUACAUUUUGACUUGUAUGAUGUUUGCCAAUGUGUGUAGUAGCCAACUAGGCAUGACAAUAAACCCUUGCUGCCAUAUUUUGAUUUAUGGGGGGGAACGUUUAAGGGUGCAUUCAGAUAUUACCAUCA